GAGAGUGGGCGUGGCCUAUCGGUGGGGGUCGGGCACCAGCGAACAUGGAGGUUUAGUCGUCGUCUAAUGGCCGCUGGAAAAGGAGAGCUUUAUUGAGUGCUUUUAGUUUCUUAGUUAUACUUUUUAUCCACUUUGUUCGGCCUUCAUCAUGGAGAUGAAGAAGAGGAUCAGCCUGGAGCUGAGGAACCGGAGUCCCGCGGAGGUGGUGGAGCUGGUGGUGGACAGCUGCAGGUCGAGCGACGGCGAGGUGGAGGGUCUGACGGAUCAGUACACGGGCCUGGAGAUCCUCAGCAUGGUCAACAUCGGACUCAGCUCGCUGGCCAAGCUGCCCUCGCUCCCCAAGCUGCGCAAGCUGGAGCUGAGCGAUAACGCCAUCGCCGGCGGUUUGGACUCGCUGGCGGAGAAAUGCCCCAACCUGACGUACCUGAACCUGAGCGGCAACCAGAUCAAGGAGCUGAGCAGCAUCGAGCCGCUGCAGAACCUGAAGAACCUGAAGAGUCUGGACCUGUACAGCUGCGACGUGACGGCUGCAGACGACUACAGGGACGGCGUCUUCGAGCUGCUGCCCCAGAUCGUCUACCUGGACGGCUUCGACCAGGAGGACAACGAGGUUCCGGACUCUGAGAACGUCUCAGACGAGGACGAUGAAGCCGGGCCUCCUGGAGAUGACGACGACGAUGAGGAGGAGGACGAAGAUGAGGAUGAGGAGGGUUCUGAGGGAGACGAGGUGGGCCUGUCCUACCUGAUGAAGGAGGGAAUCCAGGAUGAGGAAGAUGACGGAGAUUAUGUGGAGGAGGAGGAAGAUGAGGAGGAGGAAGAGGAAGAUGGAGAGGAAGACGAGGCUCGAGCUCAGGGUGAGAAGAGGAAGAGAGACGCAGAAGACGAAGGUGAUGACGAUGAUGACGAAUAGAGGACACACCUGGCACCGCCCUUACCUGCUGACCCCUCCCCCUGCUGGGCGUGGCUUCAGAGAUGCAGACGAACAGGAAGUCCAGAGGUCGGGUUUACAGCGGGGCUGAUGUCUUUGUUGCCACGGUAGCCGGACAGGAAGUAGUGACGUCUGAAUCCACGAUGAAGAUCCGUCCGUUUUAUUGAUUAUGUAAAAACUAAAACAAGGAGCAGAGACACGCUGCAGCAGCACACGUGAUCCGGGUCCCAUCACAGGGCACGUGUGGUUCUGACAGACGAAUCCGGGUCAGAUCCAGUUCUGGUUUCAGAUUUUUAACAAAAUUCCAUUUAAGAGUCUCCGUUCUCUGAACCAGGACUCCCCGUUCCAGGCCAGAACGGGGAGUCCUGGUUCCGGCCCGGAACGGGGAGUCCUGGUUCCGGCCCGGAACUGGAUCCAGACCUGGUGAGUCAGGUUCUGCUGCGUGUUUCUGUGACGGCUCGCUGUGAUUGGUCCUUUUCAUCCUCCCAGUUAAAGCAGCUCAGCCUUUCUAAGACUACACUACCCAUGAUCCUCUUGUCGGACUGCUACCCAAAGCCUCUGCUCUGAUUGGACGCCUCUCUGGGACUUUGUAUUGGACUGUUACUGAUUAGCUCCGCCCCCUCGCCUGCCCUCUGCAGCCCCCUGCUGUGGCUCCGUGUAAACGAAGCGGACCUGUAGGUUCUGUAGGUUCUGUAGGUUCUGUGGUGUCGUCUCUUUGAGUUCGGAGCAGACGCUCGGCUUCUCUGACGUAAUUUUAUUUUUUUAUUCCUGUCUGCUGAUGGUGUCGCUGUAACCGACGUGUUUUUGAAUAAAACCACUGAAACCUGA